AUGGGCGCCGCCCGCCACUGCCGGCUGCUCUUGCUGCUGCUGGCGGCGGCUUGGGGGCCGCGUUUCUCGGGGGCGCUCCGCUCCCCGCAGCGGCGGUGGCCGGUGCCUUACAGGCGCUUUGAUUACCGUCCAAAAACUGAUCCUUACUGCCAAGCUCGUUACACCUUCUGUCCCACUGGCUCUGCCAUUCCAGUUAUGAAAGAAGAGGAUGUCAUUGAAGUGUAUCGAUUACAGGCUCCAGUAUGGGAAUUCAAAUAUGGGGACCUACUAGGACAUUUGAAAAUUAUGCAUGAUGCUGUGGGUUUCAAGAGCUCUCUAACGGGCAGAAACUACACAAUGGAGUGGUAUGAGCUCUUCCAACUUGGGAACUGCACAUUUCCACAUCUCCGGCCUGGCAUGGAUGCACCAUUCUGGUGUAACCAGGGAGCUGCCUGCUUUUAUGAAGGAAUAGAUGAUGCACACUGGAAGGAAAAUGGAACUUUAGUUCUCGUGACCACGAUAUCAGGAACCAUGUUUAAUGAAAUGGCAAAAUGGGUAAAAUAUGACAAUGAGACUGGCAUUUACUAUGAGACCUGGACAGUUAAAGCAAGUCCUGACAAACAAUCAAUACUAUGGUUUGACUCUUAUGAAUGCUCUAAAUUUAUACUGAGAACAUACCAGAAGCUAGCUGACUUAGGAGCUGUAUUUGAGAAGAUACAAACAAACUAUACGAGCAUAAUUUUAUUCAGUGGAGAACCUAUUUAUUUGGGAAAUGAGACAUCUAUUUUUGGACCGCUAGGAAACAAGACAUUGGCAGCAACUAUAAGAGACUUCUACCAUCCAUUCAAACCUCAUCGGACAGUCGGAGAGUUUUUUGUGGAUCUUUUAAAAAUAAUUGAUCGUGUCGUCUUGAAUCAUCAGUUUUACCUCUUCUACAACUUGGAAUACUGGUUUUUACCUAUGAAGUACCCUUAUCUCAAAAUAAUUUAUGAAGAGGUCCCUUUACCUAUUGGAAGCAAAACAUCCUUUGGUGUAUAAUUGCUUACUGAAGAACCGAACUUGCCCUUACGUCAGAAUAUCCUUAAGGAUUUUGGAGCGCUACCAUGAUGGUAUUGAAGUGUUGUAUAUUUCACUGCUAACUGCAAAAGUUGUGUUGGGAAGGCUUUGCUAGACCACAUGAAAGACUAUGCCUGUUUUUCUUAUUACCUGUAUAACAAGUUCAUGAACUCCUCAGCGUGUCUGACUUCUGGCCAGCUUCCGUGCAACCACGGACACCUGCUGCCUGAAGGUAGGCUGAUGUGGCUCUUCUUGCCUGAACUCUGCAGUGCCAGAGGGUGAGUGGGAGGCAGCCUGCCUGCUCUGGUCUCAGGCGCGCUCCACAUACAUGGCCAUGUGGCAACAGAUAGCACGUGGCCGCCAACAGAGAUGGGACACAAGCAUUACAAGGACCUUCUGGUCUGACCAACUCGGCUAAUCCGUGUGUUGGAGCUAACAAACCUGAGUGCCUAGAUGUGCCCGAUUCCCUCAACAUGUGCCUUAGAUCGGUGUUUCUGUAUUCCUUUGGUUUGUACAACUGGGACCUACGGACUGUUCUCUGGUUCAUGACGUAGGUGUUCUGCGGGGUGGGA